CCGCCCCCUGGGGGGGGCCCCCCCACCCCCCGGGGGCCCCCGCAAGGGGCUUCGCCAUCUCCCCCCUCCGCCCCCACAUCCACAGGGGGGUGCUGUACCCUCGAGUGCCGCAGCCUUACAUUUUGGUGCUGCUGCUGCAGUCCGUUCCGGGUGUAGGUACAGCUGGGGACUUGCGCUAUGUGCGCAGGGGCCUCUUCAGACACCACUUGGCCCGCAGCGGGCUGGCCGUCGCCGCCACUUGGCAAAACAUCGACCAACUCCAGCAGCAGCAGCAGCAGCAGCAGCAGCAGCAGCAGCAGCAGCAGCAGCAGCGGCGGCAGCACCCAGCCGGCCUCCAGCAGCCGCUCCCAGGGGGCGCACUGGGACGCCUGGGGGCCCCCGGGGCCCCGGGGGCCCCAGGGGCCCCGGGGGGCCCCCUGGCCGCCGCGGGGGCCCCGGGGGCCCCGGGGGCCCCCCUGGCAGCCCCGGGGGCCCCGGGGGGCCCCCUGGGGGCGUUUGAAAGGGGCAGCAACUUGCCGCAAGAUGACGGAGGGGUUUUGCUGUCGUGGGUUCGGCAGCUGCGGCUGCAGUUCGCAGAAGAAACUGAAGAAACAGACAACAGUUUGCUGCUGCAGCCAAUCAGUCUGCAGCAAGUCUUAGAGAAACUGAGCCAAGAAGAAGGCCUGGACCUUCUCCCGGGGCAGCUGCGGCUGCUGCGCCGCAAGCUCGCGCCCCGGGGGGCCCCCCUCCCCCCGCAGCAGCAGCAGCAGCAGCAGCAGCAGCAGCAGCAGGGGGUGGAGGAGGACAUGGGGGGCGUGCCGCUGGGGUGUAUAGACAGGACAGGAGAGUACCACUUGCUGGCCAUCCUCAGCAGCAAAACUCGACUUGUGGGGAGGGUUUUUUGUUUGGAGGUUUUCUCCAAGACGGAGCAGCAGCGGUGGGCCCGCGAAGCCCUAGGGUUUAGGGUUUCGCCUUCGCGCUAG